AUGGCCGACGUGCGAGCUCUCCUCGCCGCCGAACGCCAAUCCCGGCGCAUCACGCACGCACACCUCUCCUACACAAAAGCCGGCGUCCUGCUAUGCAACGUCUGCAACUUGAACGUCAAAUCCGAAGCACUAUGGGAAGGCCACUUGCGGAGCGCGAACCACCGGAAGAACGUGCUCGCAUCGCAAGAACCCGCGACAAAGCCGCAGAAACGCAAGAUCGAGGACAUUGAGGUCGAUCUCCCCCAGGAAGACCGUUACCAGGCAGACAGGGAUGGGAGGAAGAAGCCCAAGUCGAGGUCGGUCACGUUGACCAGCACCGCGGAUGGAUAUCGUGAGGGAGAAGCUGGGGCGCAGGUUCGAUCACCACCACCGGAGCUGGAGCCAGAACCAACCGGCCAGGCAGGUCAUGUUCAUGCUACUACGUCCCCUUCCCCCAAGAUCUCGUCCACUCUGGACGUCCCUCCACAGUCUCCCCAACCCUCGGAACCCCACCCUCCACCACAACCACAACCAGAAGUCGACGAAGACGAAUGGGCAGCCUUCGAGCGCGAGGUCGCGCCCCUGACCGCCCCACAACAAGAAUCCGGCACCAUCAGCCAACCACCGACAAGCUACGAAGGUGCCACAAUCACCGCAGCACCUCUGUCCGCGGCGCAGAUAGCACAGCAGGCGGACGAGCAAAAGCGGCGGAGACUAGACACGGAAGCGGACGACGAGAAAGAAGACGAAGGCCGGCGUCUCGAAGAGGAGUUCGACGUCAUGGAGGAGAUGGAGGAGCGGGUGCGCAGGCUCCGGGAGAAGAGAGAGGCUUUGAGACAUCUUGCACCGGGGAAGGAGCUGGGUGGACAGGAGGCUGGCUCGACGGGAUUGGAGUCGAAGUCUGCUGCCGAUGAGCCGGUGGGUGUUGUGCACGACGAAAAUCACAAUCACGAUCACGAUCAACAACAUGACAACAAUGACGAUGACGAUGACGACGAUGACGACGACGACGAGGAUGAUUGGUAUCGGUAG